UUGUGUGUAUAUUAUCAGGUCAAACAUUCAAGGAUUGUAGUGGUCAGGAUGAGCACCUUUCUCAGGUCAUGUCUGUCGCCUCCAUUGCCAACACAUUACUACGCUUCCCCAUCGGAUAUGUCUUUGACCGCUGUGGAACCACAGCAACAAGGCUAAUAGCUAUAUCUCUGUACACCACUGGUACACUGUUCAUCACGCUGUCAAACGCAGAGACAUCAGUCUUGCUGUACCCUGCUUUGUCAUGUCUUAUUACUGCUGGAUCAACCCUCCACACCACCAAUGUUCAGGUUGGGAACCUGUUUGACUCUUAUCGUUCCACCAUCAUCACCAUCUACAACGGGGCCUUUGACUCAUCUGCUGCUGUCUUUUUAAUCAUAAAGUUGCUGCAUGAAAGAGGAGUGUCUCUGCACUCAUCUUUCCUCUUCCUCACCUUGUGUAGCAUAUUCCUGAUACUCCGCACCUUCUUCCUGAUGCCCACAGGACAUAUCCCCUACCUGCUGCCAGAAAUAUACACUUACGGGGUAAGCUGCCCUGGCCAGAGGAAAGGGAGAGGAGAAGGAGAGGAGAAGAGAGUCAAGGAGGAAGAAGAAAUAAAGGGAAAUAAAAAGGAUGAGAGAGAGAAAGAUGAGAACAUACAGCAUCAGCCCAAGCAAGAAGAAGCAGCUAGUUUCCGGAGCUGUGUGCUGUCCUGGCUCUUCCUGUGGCACGUGGUGUGGGUGGUCACCAUCCUCUUCAGUCACUUCAUGUUCUUAGCUUCUCUCAACCCCACACUCACCCGGCUGGCCAAGGACAACCAAACCUUGGUGAGUCACUACACCAAUGCAUUUGCCUUCAUGCAGCUGUGUGGAAUGCUAUUUGCUCCCGUAAACGGCCUCAUCAUGGACAGACACAAGCACAGGCCUCUAGUUCCUGGGGAAACCAAGAGGGAGGCAGACCUGCACUCGUCCUUUCUCGCCCUCUUCCUGACCUCUCUGCAGUGUUUCCUCUUCUGUGUGUGUUUCACCUGUCCUGUUCUCCCUCUGCAGUACCUCACCUUCAUCCUGCAGGUUGUCAACAGCGCCUUCUUUUACGGAGGCCAUCAAGCCUUCAUCAGUAUUGCCUUCCCAAUGUCUCAUUUUGGGAAGAUGUCAGGGAUGGCAAUGUCAUUAUCAGCUCUGGCACUGCUUCUCCAGUUUCCAGUCUUACACCUCAUCCAGCACCAACUGAAUGGUGAUCCUCUCUAUGUAAAUGUGGGUGUCACAUUGGUGUCACUGCUCACCUUUAUUCACCCAAUCCAUGUCAGCCUCCACUGCAGAAAGCUGUCCAAACAGAGAAGGACUACACAGAAAGUCAAUGAACAAGGGUUGGCAAGAUGCUUAAUGUAAAGAAUUGUAAACAUAAAAGGAAAAAUGACUGCUCAUGUGGACUUAACCCAUUUAGAAACUCAUAAACUGAAAAGUUUUUGAUAUUUAACAUAUAUUCAAUGUUUAAUGUCAUCUGAGAGUGAUGGAGUCGCACUUAUCAUUGCACAAAUGGUUCUUUUACAUCUUAUAAAAUAAGUUUGAAAAAGUAUUUAAAGUAUUUGGUCCGGAGGUCAGUAUUGAAAAUUAAGUUGGUCAAUUUAAAGUUAAUAUGCUAAAAUGUGUGAAAACACAGACACCUUAAAGCACAAUUAUCAUAAAAGUUUUUGACCAUAAUGGUCAGCUACUGUAUAUUCAUAUGAAAGGUUUGAUUUACAAGUGAGAAUAAGCGGACUGUGUGUUUCUCAGUUUAUCAUACAGGCCUAAUAGGCUUGUUUUACUCAUGUUUACAAAAACUGCUAAUGGAACAUAACUUAAGUAUCCAUAGUGUUAGUCCAUGUAUUAAAAUACCAAUCAAUCAAUCAAUGGCGCUGUGAUCUUUUUUGUUUAUUUACAUUUUAAUAACAGAUUUGUGCCUUUAAAUGACACUGAGAUCAGAUUAUCAUCCAUGUGCAUAAUUGUCAAGUAUGAACAUGCACUUUCAUUGGCCUGGACCAAAAAUAUUAGGCUACACUCUUGGGGACAUAAUAGAACCAUUGAAAUCCCCUAAUUAAAAGUGAAUGUAACAGACAACCAUAAAGCAAGCCAGUGUGUUUUACAUGAUAUCAUGACUGAUAAAUGAUUGUUUCCUGCACGGUACACCUGGAUCUGAUGAUCUGUGGGAGAUGUUUUUCAUCAGACACACCGGCCUCUUUGCACAGCUGAACUCUGUCAUUGUUGUAUAUUUAAUCAGGACAACUGUGGCAGUCACAGACAGAACGACUGUGUUUCAGUCUCAUUGUCCUCCAUCAUGGAGAAACUGGUUGUCUCCACUGUGAUGGAGAUCAACCAACUAGUGUGUGAUUAUUCGUGAUCCUUUCUCUGUAAAGCACUUUGGUUAGCACCUGUUGUUUUUAAAUGUGCUCUAUAAAUAAAUAUGACUUGACUUAACCUGUGCAUGAUUCACCAGUAUGGCUUCCUUAGUUCCACUUCCUUGGAGCUGAGGCAUCGUUAAUGUUAUCAGUUCCACCUGUGCUGUUCCUGUUAUGACAAGUCAAAUGUCUGCUGUGAAAAAGGUCUAAUAGCUAAGAAUUUUGGGUACCAAGCACAGAAGGUGAAUCGACCUCUUACACUUCAUGACAAAUGUGAAAAGGAAACAACACAACAAGACCACAGCUGCAGUCAGAUCAAUUAGAGAGAAACACAGGAUGGAGGAAUGAAGAUGAAACUGCGGAGGAACAGGGGGAUCAGCUCUUCCUGUACACUCGAUCAACUGUAUCCAGCAUCAGGUUGCAGCUGAACAGAGCUCACAGUUCUGCAGUGAUCCUGCAGAGGACAGCAAAGAUCUACACACAAACUACAAGCAGUCUGUGGAAACUCGGUGCUAGUUAAGUAUUUCACCAAGUGGAGGCCACCUCAUUGAUGUUGGCUGCCAUGUUAAAAAAGAGGCAGAUAGUCCAGGCCUCCAGACUCCAGGUGAGGACGUAGAUCAGGGUUUUGAGCUCCAACAAGGGAUUCUGUAUCAGCAACUGUGGAGGGCCUCCUGUGGACAGCAGUCUGCCUGACACCCCAGCACUCACAUGCUACAGCAGCUCUCUCCUUUCAGAUAAACAUCACAUAUUAAGAACAUCAGACAUCCCUGAUUUAUUCUUACAGGAACAGUACUCUGCAGACAGCGACACAUCUGGUCACCUUGGAAACCAGCUCAGAAGUGUAAGCGGCAGCUGCAACACUGCGGCUUUGUUUCUGGCCAAUCGAGCCACCAGGCGAUUCAGGUACAUGUGCGACUACUGUGGGGAGGAUUUCCCUUUCCUGACCCAAUGAAACACCACCAACUCUCACACACAGGGGACAGAACUCAGGUCCAUGGACAGUGUGGGAAGAGAUUCAUCAGACUCAGUCGCCUGAGGCACUGGGUAUGAUAAAUGAGCUGCUGCAUUCAGGUGUCGGACCUUUUAUCUGCCACGUCUAUAAUCUAUAUUUUAUAAGAUUGACUCCAAAUUUAUGUUUUUUAAAUACUAUGAUCUAUGGGACACCCAUAUGGUACGAGUCUUACCCCACUUCCAGCAGUGUCAUUUUUAACAAAAACAUCUAGGCAGACAACGUUAGUGAGAAGGUAAGGAAAUAAGAGAAUCUAGCAGCUAGAUAAUGUUGUCAGGAGUUGACCAAAACAGAGGUGAAAGGAGAGUAAAAAUUGGACUUACAUUCAUUUGAAAGAGACAGAUCAGAAACAUGACUCCAAAUGAAUGCUGAUGUCACUGCAUGUCUGCUGGAUGUGUAAAUAGGAAAGUGCUUGCCAAUGCCAAUAUUAAUAAUAACAACUUUGUAAUGUAACAACAUGUCAAGGUUGUGCCUCUGUCAGAUGUUUUGGAAUUCUUCUGAUAAUUGGUGUCCAAAAAAUCCAUUAAUGCUGCUUUAAAGGAAUAGUGUUAGAGAGAUACAGUUUAUUCACUUCAGUGUUCUCUCAUGUCUGUAAGCUAAAAGCUACUGCCAGCAGCUAUUUCGCUUAUUUUUGGACAGAACCAGGCUAGCUGUCUCAUUGUGUCCAGUCUAAACAGACUGUUACAACCUGCAUGGCAAUGGUCACAUUCACUGAUCUGAUGCAGCAAGGUUUUGGUAGCCUUGCUAGCUUGUCAUCUUGCACCAAAGAGGAUGAGAAACAGCAAAGUAGCACAUUAAACAAUUCCCCUCAAAAAAUUAGUAGAACUUUCUAUGGCAAAGAGAAAAACACACAGUAAAGCUGUUAAUCUACUUGCUGUGUUUUCUUAUUCUUUCACCUCUACAAGGUUUUGACAAGUUGAAUGAAACAAAAAUUUAGAAAUAUGAAAACUAUGAUUAUGAGAGAAACUUGCUUGUAGCAAGCUAACUUCCCUCCAAAACAUUAGACAUAGACAUUAUUUUCAUUAUGGAUAAACAAAUGUCUAACGAUCCCUUAAAAGUGUUGUCAACAUCUUAAUUUUUCCUCAAAUUUGCAGGUCUGUCGCCCAGCUGAAGACUUCCAGCUCUGUUCAGAAUAUCUAGAGAAAUAGCAGACAACGAGGACAAUACAGCUCAAUAAUUGUUUUCAGUAAUCAGUUCCUACUGAAAUGUGUCCAUUAUACCAUUUUUUUUCCCCCAAAUAAAGGCUCGUAAAGCAACGUUGUGGGCCUGUGAGAUUAUCGUGGUCAGACAGCACAAUGCUAACAGAUUAUAUUGCUAUAGUGAUGAUAGUGCUGGGUCAGCUACCUUAUCAGUUGUGACUCUUCCCUUGCAGGUUGUAACGGUCCAUCAAGAUAUUGUUAAUUAAAGCUGCAUUAAUUGAUAUUCGGCCACUGGAGGGUAGAAGAACUUCAAGACAAGCUGUGAACCUUACAAUGAAAAUGGUGACAUUGAAACAGUAAAACUAGCAAAGUGUUUUUAGCUAAAAAGGCUGACACACUGUACAGCUGCUAAAUUUGCUGAUAAUUCUUGAUUAUGAGUGACUCAUUUCACAGUACAAAUACUGUAGUAUCCAUGUUAACAACAUCAUAUUGUAUGUGCCUAUGUGUGAAAGAGAGAACAACCUAUUGCCAGCAGCAAAUGUGUGCUUUUAAACUGGGUUUGAUUUUAAAUUACAGUAGAUGUACCAUCAUUCAUUACUGAAAACAAGAAUGUGAAAUAAAUAUUUAGUAAAGUUA